UUGUGAAAAGGACAUACAGAUACGGAAGAAUAUUUACAAUUAUUUUGUAUAUUCAAUAUAAUUUAUUCUUCAAAAUAUAAUUCAAUACUGGAAAAUUUACAAUUAUAGUAAGAAAUAUACGACGUGUGUAUUUUACUGUAUUUCAUCGUAAUAUGUAAUUCUUUUUAAUUGUACAUGGACAAAUAUCACAAAUAAGGAAAGAAGUAUAUCAAUAUCAUGGAUACUGUAAGUUAUGGAAGAGACGAUGAAGGGAUUUCACUUAACACCGUUAAAGAAAAGGUGAAUGCAAAAGCAGGCUUAUCACCAGGUAUGCAUACUUUGAGCUAUGCUGAAAAAUGCCAGAGAACGAGAAAGCAUGUUGAUGAGAAGAUGAAGCUCCCUUCAUCUAAGAGACGGCGUUUGGAGCUAAAACAAGAACGGGCAGUUAAUCAGGGUGCUCAAGAGGUGUUACAAGGAGUUUCAUAUCAGUCAGGGGUUGGUCCUGAUUGUGAAGCAGAUAUCGAAGCAAUCCCAUCACCUGUCGCUAAAGGUGAAUUCAAACCUGUUUAUUUGAAACAACCAGCAUUCGUGACAUUUGAUUUGGAAACAACAGACCUCAUGCGAGGACAACACUUACCACAGAUUACUCAGAUAGCUGCGACCGAUCUUAAUGGAAGCCGUAAAUUUUCCCAGUAUGUAUUACCAACGGUACAGAUCGCACCUGGGGCUCGGCAGGUCACAGGUCUUACUGUUAGAGGAGGUAUUCUUCUCCGUAAAGGCCAGCCAGUGGAGGCAACGGACAUCAAAACUGCUUUGGAGCGGUUUUGUGCCUGGCUGAAUAAAAUGCAUAACACUGUGUUAAUAGCUCAUAAUGGAAGGAAAUUUGAUUUCCCUAUACUUGUGCAUCAUUUGAAAUCUACUGGUACAUAUGACAAAUUCACAGAGUUCUGUAAAGGUUUUGUUGACUCAUUAGAAGUUUUUAGAAAAGUUUUGCCGGACAGAGAAUCCUAUAAGCAGGUGGACCUAGUGAAUGAAAUAAUGAACACUGCAUAUGGUGCCCAUGAUGCCGUUGAAGAUGCAGUUGCUUUAGGCAAAUUAGUGAAAUAUUUGGAAAUUCAGCCCAAUAACGUAUUGAAUCACAGUUUUAGUGUAAACUCGAUAUACAAUAAUAUGUCAUAACAGGGAAUAUGCAAAAAACCUUACAACACUGUCCGUAUUUAGUAUAUAGUCCGUAUAUAGCCAAGUGUGUAAAGCACCUACUGCUGAAAACAUCGCCGGGUCAGGGUUGCAGCUACGGCAUUUAGAACUUAUUUACAUGGUGAAGAUGGCUUAAUCAUGGUGAAGAUGGCUUGAUAAACAUCUUUAUCAUAAAAAAAACUGUGGUUAAAAACCACGUGUAACUAGUGUUAAACGCAUUCUUGAAUCUGUUAUUCCAAAAUUAGUAGAGUUUUUUUUCAAAAGAAAUGAACUUGAUAAGUUCCAAUAUGUAAUUGCUAUUGAUAUUAUUUUGACCCUGAAAAUUUAAUAAGGCUAAAUUCAGUGCUAAGGUUUGAUUCAUUUUUUUUUUGUAAUUGAAACAUCACAUGAUAUAAAUGCUGGUGAUUCAUUGAUUACAUUUUAUAAACUGUUACAUAAAUGUGUUUAUGAUAAGAUGUGAUUUGAUUUUCAUGUGAAAUAGCCAUUAUAUAUUUAUAUGCUACUCAAUUAUAUCAUAGUUUGACUAUUUUUGCUUAAAUAUUUCAUAAGAAAAAUGUGAACUCAUAGUCACAUUAACAUCAAAUUAAGUUUAUUUUUUCAAAGUCAAUGUGCUUAGUCAUUAGUAAUAAAAGAAUCUAACGCAACAUGAAAUAUGAUAUUAAAACAUUAACUUAUCUAAGAAAAGAUUUUAGGCUGGUUUUAUAGAAAACUUCUUAAACUUAUUGUAGAAUAUUGAUGUUAUAUGACAUUUCUUGUGAGAUCCUAUAUACAAAAUUUAUUAAUGACUUACAUGUUUUGUAUAUUUUUGAAGCAGAUUUUUUAAUGUAAUAAGAGUUAAAAAGACAGUUUAAUGUAUUUACCUAAAAUGCACAGUUUUUGCUGAUGAUCAUGUCCGAUUAAGGCUUCGAACCAAUACUUCAUGUGCAUAAUGUAAACAUUGCGGCUUAUGGUUUCAUUGAUCUUAAAUGUUACUUCAUUUUAUUAUCAAUUGGUCUUAUUUAAUAAUUUUUAAUGAGUCUAAAACAGAAAUAUUAAUGUAAUGUUACAAAUGGUAAACAUGUACAUUCAUUUUUAUCCACUCUGUCCAUAUUAAAGUAUAUCCAAAUUAUUGAAUCUGAAUAUCAUUUUGUUUUUGCUGUUAAAAUCGUUUCGUAUUUUCAAUAAAGGAAUGUAUUCAUAAAAUGUACAAACAGGAAAAUUUGUAUUAAAUAGACUACAAAUUAUAUCAUCAUUUAUGAAAAUGCUUUAUACAUGGAGUUAUGCUGUGUACAUACAUAUGUAUAACAAAAUAAUGCUAUUUGAAAAUGGGUGUUCUUUUACAAGCAUGUGUUAACGGUUAACGCUACAUGUUAAAAACGACUGUUUUUUGGACUGUUUAGAGUUUAAAUGUCUUUUUUAUCAUUGAUGAUUCGUGCCAUAUUUUUCUCAAUUUGAACAUCAAUUAGAGCUGUCCUGUCUUAAAUAUGUUUUUAAAAUCCUACAUGAGAUAAUAAAAUACAAUGUAUAUAGUACAUGCAUAUAUCCGAUGUUGUAACCGAUAAAAUUAUGAUAAACUUAAACGGUUUAUUUGUUUUAUACAUGCAAAUUUGUAGUAAUUGUUUGUUUUAUUGAUAACAAACUAAACAGUAAAGAAUACAUUCCUAGUUUUCAUUUGCAUGUUAAAAAAGAUCAAUAUUUCCAUAUGAAUUUCAUUAACGCUAAGUGAUCACUCCUUGCCAUACCGAAAGUAAUUACCCUAUGCCAGACCGAAAGUAAUUACACUUUGCCACACCGAAAGUAAUUACCCUUUGCCCGACCGAAAGUCAUUACCCCUUGCCAGGCCGAAAGUAAU